AUGGCUGAUAAUUCUGUUCUUUUUAAGGGUUCUCCUCUACACCAAUACUUGGAAGGAAUCGAACAUGGUCAGCAACUUGACGUGGAGCCACGCUCAUUAAGUAACCAGUCGAAGGUACAAGAAAAACAACAUUCUAGAUUGGCCGUUAUUUAUUAUUAUAUCAAACUACUGUGGCUGGCACUACGGCAUGAAAGCACCAAAAGACAGCAACAGUUACAUAAUAAAUUGAUAGAAAAUGGUAAAUACACUUGCAUAGAACUACUACUUAAUAAUGAUGUUCUACUGGAGGAAGAUGAAGAUAUUGUUAGGCAAAUAAACUCAAACAUAUUUGAUAAUUUAUAUCUCAAAUGGAAUAAGGUGAAAUGGAAUCAAGAAAUUGAGAAGGAAUCUAUAAAGAUUAGGCAAGUACUCUGCGUCUUGAAACCUUACCUCAGAAAGCAUUUUAGCCUUGAAAUUAGCAAAGCUCUUACCUGUGCAAUUGCGUUAUACUUUAAAAGCUCCUUAUUUUUUGGAACCUUAGCAAUCCUGUCCUUAUCGACAUUUGCCUUUCUUGUCCUGGGCUACUUUAUCUAUCGGUUGCUAUGGCAGGAAAAAUAUACUAAAGUGGCGCAAGACCAAGAUUUCACCACCUUAGAGAGUGCUAUCAAAACUAUCGAAAAUUAUAUCGCAUGCAGAUCAUUAUUGUCACGCAUCGAAUGCGCUAUUGAAAUGAAAAAUAUUUUGCUUUACAGACUAGGUGAUACUAUACCACCUAUAACCCGAAUUGAACUAAAAUCCGAUCGACGCCAGUGUAACCAUCUGCGUCAAACUCUGUUUAUGAUAUCUUUAAAACAGAUUAUUGCUAUUCAAGAGGCAACUAAUACUAUUGUAAAAAGAUAUGGACUUGGAGCGAAACUGAAUAAUCUCGACAUUUGCUGUCCUAUACCUUUAUGUGAAUUGGGAAUAGUGAAAUCUGCUCAGGCAAUGAGAUCUCUCUGCUAUAAGCAGUUUUCAGAAUUCUUUUGUUGUUUGAUACAAGCCUGUAUAGUGUCAGACACUGCUCUACGUCAAAUCUUUGCCUGGCGUAUUAUUCAUGAGUUGGUUGAUAGCAUAAAAACCUCAUGCAAAGAUCUGGCCGACUCUAUGGAAACACAAAAAUUAGCCUUCAGUGCUGCCAAAAAUAGAUUGUCAAGCAAUUAUAGUAGCGACAACCAAAGCAACACGGCACAAAGUCAGUUAAGCCAAUCAAUUAGGAACUUUCGUCUUCAUCUUUUGGCUACUAUUAACAGAUUAGAGCUGUUUGAAAAGUGUGUAAAGGCUUUUGAUGAUAAUAAGGAGCAAAUUAAUUCAGAUAAUUCCGCAACGGAAGGUCUGUAUAAUCAAAUCACUAUGGAUAUAAAUUCAGCACGCGAUUGCUGGAGUUUUGCUAAAACUACAGUAAUGAAAAUUCUAAACAAACCGAUCGAAGACCCAGAAUCAAGAAGCCAACAAGAUGGUAACGAAGAAACAGAAGGUAAGCUUAAAAUAGACAGAAUAUAUAAGUAUAUGAAUUCUAUAGUGGAAAUCCCAACGGGACUCUCUUCAAUUAAUACUAUCAUUGCGGAAGAAAACGAAGACAAGGUUUACGAAGCUUACAUAACGAAGAAAGAUAUGGUGUCUUUGCUAGAAGGGAUUGAUAAUUCUGUUGAGGAUGUACAAAAAGAACAAAUAUCGAAUACGGCAUUAAUGAAUGAGCUGCAAAAUGUUUUAAGAGACCGAGUUGCUGAAAAAAAUUCUCCAGCGUAUGCUGUUACUGAGAAGGUUAAACGAGACUUCAUUCCUGCCACAGAAAACAAACACUCUUAUAAUAAUGAACGAGACAGAUGUUUGGUUAAUAUCUUUUCUGGUACCGCAUCAAGUGACGAUUUAUUAACAAAUUCUAAAUUGAUAUCAUCUAUAAAUGCUAUCCAUGAUGGCGGUGCAUUUACGAUCAAACAAGACAUCAUUGGGGACGAAUCGGAUGACGAAACAAACUCUACGGAUUAA